CAGUGGCAGCAGCGGUGACUGGCUUGGUGUGAACAGCGGCAAAAAUAAUCCUUCCUUGGUCGACGCCGGCUUUCUGAGCGGUCUUCGUAUAGUGGGUGCUCGUCUUCCGCCUAUUUCAUGCUUCGCAAGACGCUAUGCCGUUUGCCAGAACAGUGUACUCUUGAAAUUUAAAAUGGAUUAAUAGAAGCUAUAGAAUUUCGAAAUGUCCAAGCUCAGCUCCCAUAUUCUCUGUGGUCUGAAGAAAAACCAGCCUCCCACUUAUGAUGAAGAAGGAAAAGAAGUAAAAAAUCAAUUACCUAGUCCUAACAGAGACAUUGCCAGUGCAGAGCCAAGACUCUCGACACAAGUCCUAGCUGCUUGCCUGGCAUGUUGGAUAAAUUUAGCUAGUGGUGCAUGCCUAGGUUAUGCCACUCCAGCAUUACCUAAGCUUCAGAAAGGCACAUCAUAUCUUCAAAUCACAGAACAAGAAGGAUCAUGGAUGGCUAGUCUUCUUAUGCUUGGUGCAUUAGCUGGAGGGUUCCUGGCAGGUCCAUGCAUUUCCCUAGGCCGACGGAGAGCAUUAUGGUUAACAUCAAUCCCCACCAUAGUAUCCUGGAUUCUUAUAGCGAUGGCUACGAAUUCAUGGUUUCUAUUUGGUGCACAUAUAAUGAUGGGAAUAUGCCUUGGUAUAACAACAGAUGCUUCCCAACUGUAUGUAAGCGAAACAGCAUAUACCAAAUGGAGAGGAGCAUUAGGUUGCAUUCCCAUACUUAUGUUCAACGUUGGAAUUCUCACCUGCUAUACAGCAGGAGCAUGGUUGAACUGGGAUGAACUCGCUAUAUUUGGCUGUGUACUCUCAUUACCAGCAUUAUUCUUCCCAAUUAUGUUACCUGAGACACCAAGUUACCUAGUGGCUCGGGGAUGCAGUGAUGAUGCACUUCGAGCACUCAAAUGGUUACGUGGAUCUGAUUAUGAUGUGACAGCAGAAUAUGAGGAAUUGCAACAUUGUGAGAAAGGACCUGGACUACUUGAACGAAUCAAGGGUCUAAGAGAGAGGGAUAUUUUGCGACCUUUGCUGUUAAUUAGUGCUAUUAGGGCACUAAGUCGUUUUUGUGGUUUACGUGCUAUUCUCUGUUACACUCAAUCAAUUUUCAUCAGCUCACAGUCAAGCCUAGAUGUUGAAUUAUCAGUAGUUGCAACAGGUGUGGUACAACUGCUUGCAACAUUGGUAGCAUGUGGUUUACUUGACAGAUUAGGAAGAAGAAAACUCCUCAUCGGAUCUCAGGCUGUAAUGGGAAUGUGUUUAAUUGGUCUUGGUUGCUACUUGUACUACAGCAAUGAUGUGGAUAAUCGAAAUGGUUCUCUGAUGGGAUGGCUACCAGUCAUAGCAAUUUUGAUAUAUAUAAUAGCAAAUUCAAUCGGUUUGGGACCGGUGUCUGGAAUAAUCAUUGGAGAGCUUGUUCCUCAACGUCACAAAAGCAUUGUGAGCUCCAUAACUGGGUCAGUGAGCUGGCUAAGUGCCUUCAUCAUUACAAAAACAUUUCUUGAUCUACGAUCUUGCCUUCAUCUCCAUGGAGCUAUUUGGGCCUACGGUAGUGUGUGUAUAGUUGGUGUAAUAUUUGUUUAUAUUUUCCUACCUGAAACAAGAGGUCUAUCGCAAUAUGAAAUUGAAGUGCUUUUCAAAGAAAAGAUGGAUAGCAUUGAUGAACCAUUAGAAACACGCAAAAUAGAAACUUUGUCUGAUAUUGUAGUUGUGCAGCAUGAACAGCAAACACACCCCAGCAUUAAAAAUGCAAUUAAAGUGAAUGGUAUUUAAUGAGCACAAAGUGCUCUCUAGGAACUUACAAAAACUUGAGCAGUGUUAUUUAUCCUUGUGAUAAAAUUAGUACAAUAUUAUUUAUUAUGUUGUGGUUGGUUUCAAAGAGGUUGUAUGUUUGUUUGUUUGUUGUUGUUUUUAAGAAGAAUCAAAAUGAGGUAAAUAAUGAUGAAACUCAACAAUAACAACGCAAUGUUCAGUAGGAAUUCUUAUUGAACCAUUCAAAGAUGAAAGUCAUGUUCAAAAAUAAAAUUUCUUUACUCAUCAAAAUCAUUUGUUUAAAUUCUAUUAGACAAAUUCAAGGAAAGAAUGCAAAUUAUUCUUUGCUUUCAAUACAAAUACCAAUUACAGAAAUACAGAGUUCAAGUUCAAAAUUAUGAAGAGUAUGCCUCUUCAAUUAAAUUUACGUAUUGUUUCUAAAAUAUAGUAAUUAAUUUGUGUUCCUGAGAGCCUUGUAAAAGAACAUGGACUGCUUUAUACCCAAAUAACUAGUAUAAUCACAACAAACAGAAAUUAAGAGAAACCUUACCACCAGUUUUCAUCCACAAUGCUCUUAAUAAUCAUUAUCUGAAAUAAAAAUUAAAAAGCGUAUUAAAUAAAAUUAAUAAUAUAGGUUCUGCUUAUAGUCAGUUUUCUGUAAUUGGUUGCAUUUACAAGUCUGAUUUUACAUAAUGCUCUCAACAAAAAAACAAAUCCUGAGGCAUCUAAGAGGAACACUACCAAAGCUUUGAAACAAAUCCUGUACUCAUGAUUGAGUUAGGAAUAUUUUUUAUUAUCAAAGGCAUUUGAUGUCAUACAAUAAAUUCAAAUUCAGAAACCAUUUUUUACAAUAGAAAAGGUGUUUGGCAGAUGCUCUAAAUAAGAAAUAAUUAUUUUGAAAUUCCACUUUAAAGAUGUAUUUCAUUGCUUUAAAAACAAAAAGUUUGAGA